UAGAACCUAGCAUCAUCAUCGUUUCUAACCAAAAUAAAGUUAUAGACUUGCUUAUAAGUUAUAAUUCCAAAUCUUCAGAUAUCUUGUUGACGUUGGGUGCAAAAUUCAUAUAUAUUAUAUCUUUUAAAAAAAUAAAAAAUAAAGGAUACAACAUGUACUUGACGUGAGGUGCAAGUGUAUAGCAAGUCAGUCAACUUCACAUUCAUUUUAUAAAGAAGGAAGAAUAUAAAUAAAUGGCAUUAAGGUCUUAUCAGAUCGUCUCCUCUACCCCUUUCAUCCUCAAAUGGAUCCUAUUACUGUGGCAGUCCUGGAUUCAGAAAAUAAUCAAUUACCAUUGAAGCUGGAAAUGGAAGAAAGCAGUGGCUGCGUACAUGAGAAAGAGGUUGAGCCCAGCUUGAAAGCCAAGGUUAAAUUUGAAAAGGCAGAAAAGUUGAUUCAGAAACUUAACCAAAUGAAAUUUCAAAUUCUUUUAGACUUAGAAAAGAGAAAGGCUGAUCGAGACUAUUUUAAGACAUUGUUACAGACUCAACCAUAUUGGGGUAGAGUGUUCGGUCCUGUAUACAAGAAAAAGGAACAACUCAAAUAUUUGAAAGAAUCUCUAGAUGUGCUCCAGGAGUCAACUGCAGAAGGGAAUUAUCGAAUGAUUCAGAAACUGUGUCAUCAGUUGCAAUAUGGGAAAAAGAAUUUUGCAGAAGAGAGGAGGAUCUUAAGAGAAAUUAAUCAUGCUGAAGAAGAAAGAGUAAAAAUUUCUUCUGAUGCAGAUAAAAAACGAAGACAACAGUCUCACUGGGCGUUAGGAGAAAUCCCCGACACAAAAGGAGGAAUAAAAGAUCAAAUCAAUAUCAUGCUUAGUGAACUCCAAGAUUUGAAGAAGAAACAGAUGCCAUUCAUUCUUUACGAGAAUAAACUUAGAAAAGAUAAAGCAGCGGCUGAAAAGGAUAUUUGUUUCCUCAAAAGAUAAUUGGAAGAUAUCGGCAAGAAGAAACAUAAACUCUAUUGUACUGUUCAAUACUAUCCAAUACCUCCUACCAAAUAUGUGAAUUAGAAGUAAAAAUAGGAUAAUGAAAAGACAAUUGCAAAGCCUACUGGCAGUAAGCAGAACAUGGCUGAGCAGCGCAACUAUCUGUUUCUCGGACAUAUAUUUCUUCUUCAAUUCAUUUAUAACAGGAAAAUAUUUGUGGACCUAUUCCUUUCUUGAUGAAAUUAUAAUAUUUUAUUGUUCAUUUUUCAUUUGACAUUUCUACAAGGUACUGUGGUUCAUCUACUGGUUCCAUCUAAUUAAUGUUGGCAUCAUUUGAUGCAGCCCACACGUGGAAAUUACUUUAUGAAAAUUUUAGGUUUUUCCUUUGAUUAAAAUUUUGCUUAUUUUAGCCUUUUAAUUAAUAUAGUAGAUUAGGAUUUUUAUUAUUGUGUUUUUGAAAUUUCCUUAUAUAAUAGGAUUACUUAGGUCUUUCGAAAAAUGAGAUUAGUAGAAUGAAAAGUUUAGGGCCCGUUCUCUUUACCGUUUUCGGGCCGUUUUCUGUUUUCGAUUUUUGAAAACGAUGAAAACGCAUUCUCUUUCCCGUUUUUGAAAAUGCGUUUUGAAAAACAAAAAAAAUUGUGAAGAAAACAGAAAAUGAAAAAAAGGUCGUUUUGGCUAUUUUCAGGCAAAACAUGGGUAAAUUUGAAAACGCUGAAAACACGCCCAAAUGAAAAACACCUUCCUCUUUCUCUCCCGAAAGAGACAUUCCACACCCAUUCUCUAGGGUUUGCUCUUCCUUCCCGAAUUCUCUAUGGUUUGCUUCGUUCCCGAGAGCUGCCACAAGCUUCUCGACGUCGUCAGCGGAGUAGAGGGCUGAAUCAAGUGCGAUUUCGAAGAUUCCUUGUCUCCGAUUUUCUGCUCCAUACCAUCGUCAAAUCUAGGUAGAGGUGAUUAUAGAAAUGGUGGCGACCAAGACAGGCAUCCAAGUGGAGCACCCAGACAUGGACGUGGGCACGGCCAAGGUGGCAGAGGAAACGACAGGCAAGAUUCAGACCGUGGCUCACAAAAGUGGGGUUCUAAGGAUGGUGAUGAUGCUGGUGGAUUUAAUCUUUGAAUUGCUGGUGGCUGAGCUAAUUAAUUUUGUAAUUCCAUUGUCAUUAGACUUGGCAUAAUUCCCCAUUGCUUUGUAUGCAACACCUAGUCCAUUAAUUAUGUCAAUGUAGCAUGGUAGUUUUGUUGGUCAGAAUGUUUAUAUGAUUACCUUUACAAGAAAAUAUAAUUGCCUUUUGAAUUGAAUGGAUGAUUUUGAUU